AUGGCUGCUGCGUCGGCCGACGCAGACGGCCCGGUGAAGAUCGACCCAGGGAAGCAGAUGGUGCGCAAAGGCGACCCGACCGAACCGACGUACACACUGGCCCCGUUGGCUGACGUGCUGAAGGUUGACAGGGUCGGCAAUCACAGCUACGUGGUGACCAAUAUGAUUACUGGCGAGACUUCUCUCGUGGAGCCGUUCUUGGAGUGCGAGCUCGUCACCGUCGGCUGCGAUUGCGCGCUGGCCUUGGUGACAAUGGAUGGCGAUGCUGACGUGAAGGAUCUCGACGCCCUCUUCAAGUAUGCGGUCUAUGUGGACGAGAGCGGCCACUACAACAUAAGCACGUCCAGGACUACCAAGCAUGCGCCCAAGGAGUUCGUCAACUGGCACUACCUGCGGAUGAAGUUCAGGAGGGGUCGCAGCCUUAUCCCGCUCUCGUACGUCGGCGCCUCCGUGGACAUCGCGACCUGCACGAUGAAGAGGCCUCGCGAAGGCAAUCAGCAAAUAUGGUGGCAACUUUCAGCGGUCCACAGCAUUCUGAAGGUUGCCAGUUUCAGGAAGGUGUUCAGCCAGUGGUUCCAGAGGCUCCACCAGUCGUGGACCACCGACUUCGUGCGUUACAUCGGCCCCAGCGGGAAGGGCCUGAUCAUCCAGGCCUCUUACGGCACGGACGACACGUCGAAUAGGAAGUCUAAGCUGUUGCCAGACAUGCGGUGCCUACCGUUCGCUUGUGCCUCCACCGCAGGACUCCUCAUGAUGCUGCACAGGAUCGGAACCACUAUGCCGAAGGGCGGGGAGAAUACCGUCAUCACGCAGAAGUGCGCAAACACGCUUGCCGAAUCGCUCGCGGGGUUGACCAAGAGACAGCCGUGGAAUAUUGCAUUGGAGUUGGACGACGAGUGGGUGUGCACGUGGCCUCGCCCUCGAGUGAAGCCCGAUGGCGUCUCGGCCAUCCAGAUCACCUGCAUCGGCGGCCUCGCGGACCUGUCCCAGCUCCUCGCCGCGGGGGAGCGCGAUGGCCCAGCCAGGAGGUGGUGGGCAGUGCUGAAGUACAUUAUCACUGGCGAGUCGGCGCAGAUCAACGUGGACGAGCUCUUGAAGGCUGCAUGCGGCAAGACUGCCUUGAGGAGCCUGCACGGCCAGGUCGUCCUCGCGAUGUCUUGGGACAUCGAGAGGGUCUGUUUGAAGCAAUCUCAUGGCGACGCCCCCAACGGACCCGAUGGCUUCGAUUUCAAGUACCCCAAACCCUCGGACAUCAUCGACGCCGAAGGGUUCGACAGCUUCCUGUGCCAGUACACGGUGGACCAGAGCUUCGACGGCGAGGGCGCCGCCCCCGACGCUGUCGGCGUGAACCCGAAGAAGAGGCAGGCUGACACACCGACUUGGGCCAGGCGCAAUUCCGAACAGAUUGGGUGGCUGACCAAAUACACGGGCGGGGAGCGAGAGACCUUCAAGCCGAGAAAGUUGCACAGAGUGGCGGCCAAGCAUUGGUUGGACAACACCGACAACCAGUUGAGGUGGGCCACUGCAGCAUCGGGGUGGAGCUCGUUCCUGCCCGUCGAAGGUGGCGACUGGUCCGACUGGCGGACGACCCCCCACCUGACAGUGGCAAUCGACUUGGGCGGGGACGGCCUCAGCGCGAUGAACCUUCUCGAGUAUGGGCCCAAGGAGUUCAAGUGUUGUGUCGACAAGUUUUGCGACCCUGCCCAUGGUGGCAACCGCUCUGUGGUGUGCAUGCUGCACGACGUGAAGCUCUGGGGGUUCAUGCUGGCUAUGUUGUGCUCGUGGAACCUCCCGUUCGGGCCGAACCCCGAUGAGAGAAAGCGCUACAAGGAGCUGAGGGAAGCCAUGGCGGACUUCGUCAACAGCAAGGGUGCCAAGUCUUCACCGCUGUUCUUGAGCAAGGCCCCGGGACUUCGGAAGUGCUACGAGAGGCAGGGCCACAAGUUCGACGAUUCGCGAGACAUCGAGGACCAACUUCUGGAACUUCUGUCCGCGCGUGCAGGCCACGUGCCGACUGGCAUGCGGACUAACCUCAAUCGCUUCCAGGGCGCCACUGCUUGCGCCCUCAAGAAUGUACCGAAUUGGGAGGUAGAUGAGUUCGAGCGCACGUGCCUGGCGCUGCACAACGGCUGGCUCACGACGAAAGCAUUAUUGAAUAAGUUUCGCGUCAAACCAGGGCCCGCCCAGAUCGUCGAAGAGCACGGUGGUGCCACGACGGAGAAAAGAAUUACUUUGGAGACGAGGUCUGCGUUGAAAGGGGCGACUGUCAAUUGCGUGGCCCUCUCGGUCGUCCCCUUGAGCGACCCCGUCAGCCACCGCAUCUGCAGCGGCUUCGCUGGUUUGGGCAAGCACGUCAAGGACUGGCACACAGAGGGGAACAAGAUCGGGCGAUCCGCCAAGGGCACGUUCGAUUGGAUCGUUCGCCAGGCGGGCGGGGAGUUCUUGACGCACGUGGCAGGCCUCGUGGCUACUGGGCAGGACGCACGCUUCCUUCAGGAGUGCGACUUCGCAUGCUCUGAAGCCGACGCCCAGGAGCUCGACGCAAAUGACGUUGCCAUGGAGGACGAGGCCGCGAUGAUGAUCACGGACAUGCAGUGGUGUUUGGUCAAGCACCGCUUGAGCCGAGGGUUGCACAUGACGCUUGGGUGGCCGUGGCGAAUGGUUGGCAUCCACAGCGACGGGCCUGGACUUGCCGACCAGAUCCUCCAGAAGUUCAAGGUCGACAUGGAGGCCCACGAAGCGCUGACAAAGUACCUCCCCAUGUCAGCCGCAGUGAAGCAGGUCGUUGACAGGCACUUGUUUGGGAAGAUCAGCAACCAAGUGCUCCAGCGCGCCUGUCUCGACCCAGCGGUGAACUUCAGUCCCCAUGCAGAGUUGAAAUCGUUGCUUCAAAGGUGGGCCUCUGGUCUCCUGAUGACCCAGAUUGUUGAGGACAUUAACGGCGCACAGAAGAACAACAGGCAAGUUAUGUCGGCUGCUCGGUUCAGGAAGCCAGGGAAGAGCAUGGCAGUUGCCCUUGGUUCUGGGAUUCUCGAGGAGCGCCACGACUUCGACCUCCUGAUGCCCGAGCACGUCUACGUGGCCAAGAGCGCCAGGCUUCCAGCGGAGGCGUUCAGGCCUUCGCCAGCGACCCGCAGCCUUAAGUUCGAGAGGUUGGUCUCCACGACUCCCUCGGUCCCUUGGCACAGCCCAAGUGCCAUCAACGUCCAUGCCAACAUGGCCGACCUCGUCUGCAUUCGGACCAUCCACGGCUCCGACAAGAACUUCGGCCGCAUGGAAAACGCUUGGCACGGGCAGCUAGUUUCUUGGAAGCAUCACUUUGUAUUCCGAUUCAGCGGUAAGGACCAGUGGCACUACGGAGUCGAUUGGAUGGACAAGUCUGCUGCAGUCAGUUGGCCUUGUACCAAGCAUACGGUCCAGACGUGCAAUUAUUUCGAGCCCAAGCAGGCCGUCUGCAACGCGGAGGAGACGCUCCACUUCAUCGACGACUUCCGCCAGAUCGUCGCCCAGGAGGUGCAAUGGAGAUCCCCUGCCAGCCAGAUCUUGUCGUUCAAAGGUACCUUUGUCGAGAAGCACCUCGCCUUUCGGUCAUUCCAGGUGGGAGAAGAAAUGCCUCUCAUCGAACUCGCCGCGAGGAAGGCAUUCCGGGAGCUUCCGAGAACCAACGUGCAGAAGUUCGGCGAGGCCCUGGGCUUGGACAUGAAGGCUACCCCUACUUUGUUCCUCACGCUCUGGACUGUCGUCAAGCACGUGCUGGCAUGCUCGGACGCGGACUGCUACGACAUCAUCUCACAGAGGCUCGCCUGGAACAAUGACGAUGCUGCACACGCUUCGGAGCUCCUGGAGAUGGAGGAGGCCGUUGAGCUGUUGGCUCAACCAGACCAGAAGGUUGUCGAGCAGGCCCAGAAGGACCUCGUGAGCUCCGCCGUGAACCACGUGGCCUUCUCGACCGAGUACAAGAAGAACCGCCAGGAGCACGUUGCAGCGGUCGCUGCAGCCAAGCCCAAAGCGAAAGGUAAGGCCAAGGCCAAAGCCGCUGGAGCUGGCGGCGAUUGCGGCCCCACGAAGUUGCCCAGCACGGUGCCUCAGGCUGCCGCGAAGCUCUGGAUCCCACCGAACUCUUCGAUCUGGAGGCCCCUUGGGAGGGGCGCCUGGUGCGCCCACGUGCAGCCUUUCAAGCGCAUCUCCACUCCUUGGGAGCUCUACGGUGACGACAACAUGGCUUUGACGGACGUCUUGGUACGGAUGUGGGCGCUGCACUUCGAGCGCACGGGAGAUCCAAUCACGUCGUGCUCUUUUGAUUUUGCCGAGGCGAAAGAGCGCUGCGAUAAUUUCAGGCUUGGCGGUGGUGCAGACGGCGCCGCCGCUGCUAGCAGUGCUGGUAGUUAG